AACAACUGUGCAUUCAUUAACAUACAUAUGUUUUUGCUUGAAAAGGGCAGAAAAGUCAUCUGCGGUCCUCGGCUCCUCCAGGGUUUAAACAUCGAGUGACUCUCUCCGUUCUGUCCCCCACUCUCGCUCGGUUCCCUUGUUAGAGCAGAUUAGAGAGAAAAACGAGACCACCUAUUUGUAUCAGAGUAUUUAUGCCCUUUACCUUUGCACAGAAUCAUGGCUGAAAGUGAUAGAAACGAACCAAUCAACGAGCAAGUAGUUGCGAAUAUGUACACUGCUAUGCGAUCUGAACUAAACCAAAUUUACUCGAAAAUAACUGAACUUGAGAUGGAUGUGAGUGAGCAUUCAUUAGUCAUCAAUGCUAUCCAACCGCUUGACCCUUCCAGACGAUGCUACCGAAUGAUUGGAGGUGUGCUGGUCGAGAGAACUAUCAAAGAGGUUCUGCCUGCUGUGCAGCGCAAUAAAGAGGGCAUUGAGGAGGUUAUUGCAAGGCUUAAUGAGGCUGCUGAAAGGAAGAAAAAGGAAAUUGCUGAUUUUGAAGCCAAGUACAAGAUCAGGAUAAGAAAGUCUGACAGUGAAGUAAAAGAUGAUACUAACAAGAAGGAGGGCUCUUCUCAAGGUGUUCUUGUGGGUCCUGCAGGUUCAAGUGAAUGAGAGCUCUCAUAUACUUUUCCAUCUUUAUAGUUUAUCGGACAUGUUUGAUCAAGUUUUCCUCACUCUUUUGUGUAUGGUGUCCGCGCUAUGGACAUGUAGUUUGUUGAAGAUGGUUGUUUGACUAGCUUAUAUGAAUGAACCUGAUUGUGUUUGAAAA